CAGAGCCUUCUGCACGAGGCCCGUCAGGUUGGCCAGCUGUCGUUCCAUGUGCUCCACACGAAUACGGUGCAAAUCUUCUGGCCUGCAAGUAGUGUUGAGUGCCGCUUAUUGGGCCACACAUCCGCUGGCACUGCAUCGCUCCAAUUGCGCAGCCAAGCCUAUGCAUCCGUCAUCGCAGUGCAGACACCGGAAUUGGAAUUGCUAUCGGAAUCCAAAUCCGAAUCCAAGUUGAAGUCGAAACGCGCUGGUCGCAACAACACUUAGCGCAGGGGAGCGUGAACCGAAAGAAUGCAGGCGUCCUCUCUUGCUGCGAUGCGACUUCGAUAUACCCUCUACCCCAUCACAUAUACAUAUCCCCCGAGCCAGAUCCCCUCCAGCUGGUGCCAAUAUACCCGUCGCUUCGCUGGGUAAUCGUUGGCACGCAAUGCCGGUGGUGAUGCCGGUGGUCCGCUUUCGCAGUCGUCAAUGGAAGGCAACUCGGAGCGGUGGCAGUGCAAGAACCAGUGCACCAAGAGAGCUUGCAGCCAAAACCAUGACUACCUGCAGUGUGGUCAGCACACCAGCGCGGUUUGCCAGCUGCCUGGUUAACUUUCAGAUGGACGAGCUGCUGCUGCUGCAGAAGUCAGUGAUGAGAAUGGAGGAGCAGGACAAGGCCAACAUGCCUAUUCCGAUGGCCACUGAAUGUCCGGAGCAGCAGGCGGAGACGGAUGGACCACCAUCGCAAUCGCAGCUGCCGGAGCGAAUGGCCUUGAUGGCUGCAGAUCGGGGUGAGCACGAUACCACCGGCUCCAGUGGUCCCUGGCACUCGCAUCCACAACCGCAUCCGACCUCCUGGAUGGAACCGAAGCCCUCCAAGUUGCAGACCCUGUUCCAGAUCAGCAUCACGGCCCUGGCCUUUCUCUCCUUCGGCGGCUAUCUGCUCUGCCUGAUCGUGCAGGCCAUCAAGAGCAAGGGCACCACCUACUUCCAUCCGGUGGCCACGGCCACCACCACCUCAUCCAAUGGCAAUGUGAAGCGCAUCAAGGUAUACCGGCGCAGCAAGCGCAAUUCUGCUGCGCCCAAGGAAACCGGCGCCUAUCUGCCCAACCUGCUGCAGCAGGACUACGCCUCAUACCGGAAAGCUGUGCGAAAUCGCGGAUGGAGAAUGCUCACCUAGUG